CUCUCUCUCACUAUCUCCACCCUCGGCAAAGCAGCUGAUGCUGAUGCGAGUAGCCUACACUCAUUCUGACUCUUCCAUCCUCAGCGGCGACUCGCUGUCACACGUUUCCCUUUACUCUUUCUUCUCAUUCAACUUGAAGCAGCGCGUUCAUACUGAAGUCAGCAGGGUUUUCUCAUAACAUAUGUGCCAAGAGAAACCACUUAUGUGAAGGAUUCGAGACAAUGACGGUGAUCCCUGGAGGAGACGUUCGUGGACACUAGAACAGUGUGAUCAGAGCAGGACACAUCGCAGAGAGUUUUAAGAGGAACCGAGAGAUGUUUAUACACCACCAGUAGUGCCAAACGGGAAAUGAUGGGCUUUUAAAAACAGACUGUAAGGUCGAAGAGAGGUGGACGAAGACUAGCUUGUUUCGUUUAAACAUGCACGUAAACCCCACCGCAACGGAUGAGAGGAACCUGUAUUAAAGGACCUUCAGAUUACUGGACAUCCCGAGAGCGACUAGGAGCGCUGCGUUGAAUUUGGAAGUGGGGUCAACUGAAUAAUAGCACAUUGCUAAGUCUCCGCAUCGUUGUCUGGCUGGAAACCAUUGCUUGGACCUGACAUGAGCGUCUAACACCAUCGGCAAACAACAACACACACCGGCGGAUAAACCGCACUGAUCCCUGCGAGCGACCACCUGUUUUCAGCGCUGACCAACCGGUGGUGUGAAGUGAAGAAUUGUAGCGGAAACAAGCUGGCCUCUUCUCACCAUGCAUUUUUCUAUCAAUUCAUCUCGCCUUUCCCCCUUCUUCUUUAGUUCUUUAUUUCUCCCCAUCCUAUUACUUUAUGUCUCUUUACCUCAAGUUGAUGCCCAAGAUUUAGACCAAUCUACCUCCAACUGUUCCCAGAACGACGUGUGCACAGACGGGGUCCUGUUACCAGUGUGGAAUCCCCAGAACCCUUCAGUGGGUGACAAAGUGGCCCGUGCCAUUGUGUACCUGGUGGCACUAGUUUACAUGUUCUUAGGUAUGUCAAUCAUAGCUGACCGCUUCAUGACUGCCAUUGAAGUUAUAACUUCACAAGAGAAGGAGAUCACUACAAAAAGACCCAAUGGUGAAACAGUCACCACAACAGUCCGCAUAUGGAAUGAGACUGUCUCCAAUCUAACCCUAAUGGCUCUGGGGUCUUCAGCCCCAGAAAUAUUGCUUUCAGUCAUUGAGGUCUGCGGGCAUAAUUUUGAGGCUGGUUCUCUAGGUCCCAGCACCAUUGUGGGCAGUGCUGCCUUCAACAUGUUUGUAAUCAUUGGUCUCUGUGUCUAUGUGGUACCUGAAGGUGAAAGGCGCAAGGUCAAACAUCUUCGGGUGUUUUUUGUGACUGCAGCAUGGAGCAUGUUUGCCUACAUUUGGCUCUAUCUUAUCCUUGCUGUAAUCUCUCCAGGUGAGGUAGAAGUUUGGGAAGCUGUAUUGACGUUCCUCUUUUUCCCUCUCUGUGUGGUCCAAGCCUGGAUCGCUGAUCGCCGAUUGCUUUUUUACAAGUAUGCACGCAAACGCUACCGAACCGAUAAGGGUCGUGGAAUUAUAGUGUCUGAGGGUGGGGAGGAAUUAGGGAAAGAGGCGGGAUUCACAAAGAUGGACAUGUUGGAAAUUGAUGGAAUCACUACUCAUUUAGAUGGGGUCUUGGGAGGGGAAAGUGGGCUUGGUGGACGUGAUCAAGAAGAGGAAGCCAGGAGAGAAAUGGCCAGAACUCUAAAGGAAUUGAAGCAGAGACAUCCUGAGAAGGACAUGGAGCAGCUCAUAGAGAUGGCCAACUAUCAGGUUCUGAUGCAGCAGCAGAAGAGCAGGGCUUUCUACCGCAUUCAGGCAACAAGGAUGAUGAUUGGUGCUGGGAACAUCUUGAAGAAACAUGCAGCGGAUCAGGCUCGUAAAGUGGUCAGCAGUGGGGAACCCCGAGAGCAGGAAGAUGAUCCUCAUGUUACAAGAAUAGACUUUGAACCAGCCCUCUACCAGUGCUUUGAGAACUGUGGAUCCUUAAAACUUACCGUACAAAGGCAUGGAGGAGAUGCCGGGUGUAGUGUUAAAGUGGACUACCGCACUGAAGAUGGCACAGCCAAUGCUGGUUCUGACUAUGAGUUUGCAGAGGGCACACUUGUCUUCAAACCUGGCGAGAAUGUUAAAGACAUCGCAGUUGGCAUUAUUGAUGAUGAUAUCUUUGAGGAAGAUGAAUAUUUUUAUGUUCGUUUGAGCAAUCCCCGUAUAGUUGGGUGGGCUGAUGGACAUCCUAUUGCUUUGGAGACUGGAGCUCCUGCCCCUAGUGCUGCCCUUGGUGAGGCUCACACGGCAACAGUGACAAUCUAUGAUGAUGACCAUGCCGGAAUUUUCACAUUUGAGAGUGAAUCAAUGCGAGUGAGUGAAAGUAUUGGAAUCAUGCAGGUCAAGGUCCAGAGAACGUCUGGAGCCCGUGGUCUGGUGGCGGUACCAUAUCAAACAGUGGAUGGGACAGCUUGUGGAGGGGAGGACUAUGAGGAAGUGUCUGGAAAAUUGGAGUUCCAGAAUGAUGAGACAAUGAAAACAAUUGAGGUGAAGAUUAUAGACGAUGAAGAGUAUGAAAAGAAUAAGACCUUCAGCAUUGAGUUAGGCGAGCCAGUGCUACUUGAGAUUGGACAGAAGCAUGGAGACUCUAAUGAGAAUAAGCCAGAAAUCGGGGCAGAGGAGGAGGAAGUAGCAAAGAUGGGAUGUCCCAGUUUGGGAGAACAUACUCGAUUGGAGGUGGUGAUUGAAGAAUCUUAUGAAUUUAAGAAUACAGUGGAUAAGCUCAUUAAGAAGACUAACCUAGCUCUGGUUGUUGGCAGCAGUAGCUGGAGAGAGCAGUUUGUCAGUGCUGUUACUGUCAGCGCAGGCGACGAUGAUGAGGAGGAGAGUGGUGAAGAACGCCUUCCAUCCUGCUUUGAUUAUAUCAUGCACUUCCUGACAGUCUUCUGGAAGGUUCUCUUUGCCUUUGUCCCACCUACAGAGUACUGGAAUGGAUGGGCUUGCUUCAUUGUUUCCAUCUUUUUAAUCGGUGCGUUGACAGCGGUCACUGGUGAUCUCGCUUCCCACUUUGGGUGCACUGUUGGCCUGAAGGAUUCAGUCACCGCUGUGGUCUUUGUUGCCUUGGGGACAUCAGUUCCAGACACUUUUGCCAGCAAAGUAGCUGCCAUCCAAGACCAAUAUGCUGACGCCUCCAUUGGUAAUGUGACAGGCAGUAAUGCUGUCAAUGUUUUCCUGGGCAUCGGUGUGGCCUGGUCCAUUGCUGCCAUAUACUGGCGGAGCAAGGGCAAAUCUUUUCACGUUGAUCCGGGCUCUCUGGCCUUCUCUGUCACACUCUUCACGGCUUUGGCUGUGGUGUGUGUCAGCGUGCUGUUGUAUCGCCGGCGCCCCUCAGUGGCUGGAGGAGAACUCGGCGGCCCACGGACUUGCAAGAUAUUGACAUCCUUACUCUUCAUUUCCCUCUGGCUGAUCUACAUCCUGUUGGCUUCAUUGGAAACAUACUGUCACAUCCCCGGAUUCUGAAGCAGCAAUACAUGGAGAGGAAUAUGACAACAGCCAAUGAAGGAGCAUUUUUUUUUUAUUUAUAAUUAUUAGAUAUUUAUCUUGAAGUCUACUUACUGUUGUCGAUUUUUGUAUUUUUUCAUUUCCUUAUCUAGAAAUUGUGAUGAUGGCAUCACUCACUGCUUCCAAGAGAACACAAAAAGAGUGAUGUUUUAUUUUAGUUGAGCUAAUAUUAAAUUGAGAUUUGUUUGUUUUAAUGAACUGUCCCUUUAAGUUAGCUUGAAUGCAGUAUCUCAAACACCGUUCCUUGUUCCCUUGCCUUACACUUGUCCAUCUCUCAGUGGUGUCUUAAACCCAUCCAGACCAGUAACCAGUAACCAAUGACUCAUGUCUUUUGUACUCCUGUUUGAGCCAAACCAAGCCUUUGGUUACUGAAUGAAAGAGUUUACCUUUUUCUUGGGGACAUUUUUCUUUAAUACAAAGUGUCAGUAUUACUCUCAUGUACUUGUAGAUAUGCUGUUUGACAAUAUAUUAUAUAUGAAGAGAAUGACCAAACACAAACUUUAUAAUGACAAAGAGCAGACUGAAUGACUUACUGUUGCUAAGAUGAAAAGCAUGCUUUAUCACUUAAUAAGAAGCAGACAGUUGAGAAGCAUGUCAAGUCCAUAAAUAACCAAAUCAUGGAGGAGUGCAUAUAUAAGUGCAGUCAGAAAUAAAAAGGGAAUGGAACUUAAAAAUUAGGUUUAUUGUUCUGGAAUAAUCCCAAAGAAGAUCAGCCUGAAUAUUAUGACAGUCACAGUGCUGAAUAUCAUUCAAAAUAAUUCUUAUAUAAAUAUGUAUAUAUUCUGUGUUUGCAUUUGUGAGUGAGAGAGAGACUAAGUAUAAACAGCAAGUAACUGAUGUAAUUGUAUCUGUUUUGGUCUUCUCCCAUGAUGACCACAUUCUUUAACAUCAAUGUGAAAUACUAGCCAGUUAAUAUGAAGUGACGCUUGACAUGGUGACAAAAUUACAAUUCUGGCAGGCUUUACCCAGCAAACAAUUGUGUUUAAUAGAUGUCUAAUAGACAUCCAAACAUGGACAGCUCGGCUAAAACAAGGUGAAACCAGGGCUGUCAGUGAAAAUCUAAGAGACAUUCAAGGUGCGGUCACACUGGACUUUUCUCCUCAAAGACUUCCAUUCAUACGCAUGUGUAUGCGUCAAGCUGCCUUUGCGCUGCGCAUGACAUUCAGACAUGACUGUUGGAAUACGCCUCCUUGUGGUAGUCACACAGAACGUUUAGUUUUGUCAUGUACCAUGGAAAAGAAGCUGGAUUCUUAGAAAGAAAGGGGUUGCAAAAAUGGAGGGGUUGCAUGGUUAAAUGAAUGGAUGAAUACUAGAAACUCAUAGACCACGAAAGAUUUUGAAGAGAAUGUGAAGACAACAUUAAAAAAAUAUUUUUUUAAUUACUUAUUUAUGAAUAAAAUGUUUUUUUUCAUAUAAACGUUUUUUCUGAUUCGAAAAAAUUACGAAAAAACUAAGAUUUCUCAUCUCGUGCACACAGAUCUGCAUGGACAACACUGGACUACAUCACAUCCAGUCGACCGGUCACAAACCGUCUAGUGUCAGGAGUUGAAAUAUUUUAACGGACCCACAGCUCAAAUCAGAUCUGAAUUUUCAGCAUAUGGAGAUUAUCAGAACUCCACUCAGCUCCCGGGCUACUCUCCAUUGAAAAUGAAUGACUUCCAGUCAGUCAGUUGUCGUUUGUUGUAUGCCGUGGAAAGGCGGCUUCAGACUGGAAACGUACGCUUGUGCGACAAGUUUCACAGUUUGCUGCGUUCGAAAGUUCAAGAUGGGUGAACUUGGUGACCUGCGAAAUCGCAUCACAUGACUGCGUGAGACCAAUCGAAGAUCAAAACAUGACGUCUCUGGACAGAAAUUUAAAACAUGGACCAAUCGCUCACUUUUUUUAACGUGUAAUCAUCUUGUUUAAUCCCGCCCAUUUUCGCAGCACCAUUCAACAGAGUUUUGCAUGCUUAAACUCUGGUGUGACCACAGCAUAAGAAAAAUCCAAAACUAGACUAGUCAUAAAAUAGACAGAUUAGACAGUGAUUUAGACAAAUUAUAUGUGUAGUCAUUCCUUUCUUUAAUAGUCAAGUUUUGGCCUAUUCUUAUACGUCUAAUAUUUUUUUUACUGACAGCCCGAAUUUAGUCUUGUUUUAGCCAAGAUGAUGUCUAUUAGACACAUAUUACACAGCCACAAAUUCAGCCUUGUUUUAGCCAAGAUGACUAUGUUUAGAUGUCUAUUCGACAUCAAUUAGACUGCCCAAAUUCAGCCUUGUUUUAGCCAAGACGACUGUAUAGUUGUCUAUUAGACAUAUAUUAGACACCCCAAAUUCAGCCUUAAAGCAACCUUUGAAAUAAACUACCAAUUUUUAAUGCAUUUUAACUGAAAUUAUGUAAUUCUGUUAUAAGUAUGUCCAGUAAUAUAAAAAGAAAUAGACUAGAUGUAUACUCUAAUACUUUUAGCAAUAAGAACAGUUUUGUAAUGGGAGGUUCUACAAAAGUAAAAACACUACAAAAAGUUUUUUUUUUUUUUUUGGGGGGGGGGGUGGCUUUGGGGUAUUUUUUAUUAAAUGUAUUAUGUUUAGAAUGACAUGACCUGACAAGAUUGAAAAGGUGCACAGGAAAUUUGGAACCAAAACAAAUGCUUGUACUGUUAUUCAUCAGUAUUGGUUUACCAUGGGACGACACGGUGGCUCAGUGCUUAGCACUGUCACCUCACAGCAAGAAGGUCGCUGGUUCGAGCCUCGGCUGGGUCACUUGGUGUU